CGGCUUGGGGCGUCGAGGGCGAGGGCGCCGUGUCGUCGUUCCGCUAACCCAAUUCCAGCGGCUCGACUCCGACGCUACUCGGCCGAAUACUCUCACUGUGUGCGCCGGCCCCUUGGAUAGCCGCCGUUCGACGACGGGCGAGACACCGCCAACGCCGCAGCCACGCGCUUCGGCGACCACCGCGACUGAGGACGAGACAACGCAAGGAAGGCCAUCAAGAGCGGAUACCCGGCGAGCGCUCGGAGGCUGACCAGUUGCUUUCGGAGAGGAUCUCAGAGUCUCAUGUCUGCCCACGUGGCACAAGGCACGCCGAGGGUCCGGCGGCCGAGGGAGACGCAGCAGCAGCAGCAGUCAGCCGGUGCUUCGUCGACGGGGACGACAACGAGCGCAUUGCUGGUGCGAGAGGUGCGCGCGCCGGGCAGGCCUUGACCGUCGGUUCCUCAGCGCCCUUGACUCGUCGCCGAGGGCGCGCAUUCGACGCCCAAGCGGUAGUAGUAGCAGCAGCAGCAGCAGCCGAGACCGCCGCCAGACCAUCCUGGCAUUGACGGGCCCCGCACGGGAUCUUACGGACGCCUAUUCACCUGAGCCCGUCUUUGCAGACUCGCCCGACAUGUCGUCCGUUCCACGCCACCUGCUCCCGGUGCUCGCCGCGGUGAUGCUCCUGGUGCCUUCCUCGCCGGCCCAGCGGGCCCCCGGAGGGCGUCCCCUGUGGCGACCCCGCAUCUCGUUCCCGCUGGACCCGAGCUCGCCGACCGUGUCCCGCGUGCCCGUCGACAUGCUCGACGAGGCGGCCAGGGAAGCGCACCGCAUCAUCGUCAAGCAGAAGGCCGUCGAGAAGAGUCAUGCCGCCAAGGGUCUUCGAGUGUCUCCCGUGCCGCUGUGCCCAGCGUCGGCACGGCAUAUGCAAACGAGGGUGGCCAAAGACAAAGCGAUAGCCAUGGACGAGAUGGCGCACCUCUUCGAAGAGACCACGCGCCUGCUGUCGCACAAGAUGAAGAUGUUCUGGGAGGACGAGUUCCACGGCCUGGUGCGCACCGACCUUGCCGGGUCACGGCUGGAGUUGGUGCGCGAGCGCUGCCAGCGGCUCAGCAACCACGUGUGCCGGCAGGGACCCUUCCGCGAGCAGGACGGCUCGUGCAACAACCUCGAGCACCCCGACUGGGGUGCCGCCUUCUCCUGCAUGCGUCGCCUCCUGCCGCCAAGAUACGCCGACGGCGUGUCGGCCCCGCGGAUUUCGGAGACGGGCGGCGAGCUGCCCAACCCUCGCAUGGUGUCCACCACCGUGCACGUCGACCUGGACCGGCCCUCGCGCGACACGACGCACAUGCUCAUGCAGUGGGGGCAGUUCCUGGACCACGACUUCGCGUUGGCCCCCAUCUCGAGCGUGCCCGGAGAGAUCGUCGACCUCGGAAAUCCGAACGACGUGAUCGACUGCUGCUCGACGGAGACGCGCAGCUCACCCCGCUGCUUCUCGUUCGACAUCCCGCCGACGGAUCACUUCUUCGGCAAGUACGGCGAGCACUGCAUGAACUUCCCUCGCUCGGCCAGGUGCCCGCUCUGCAGCCUCGGCCCACGGCAGCAGAUGGACUCUCUGACGUCAUUCAUAGACGGAUCCCAGGUGUACGGCAGUUCGCUCGACGACAGCCUCAAGCUCCGAACACUGCAGGGUGACGGGCGGCUGAAGUUCGACGUGGGGCGUCGCGGCGACAUGAUCCUGCCGGCCAGCUUCCACCCGACGGAGGACAAGUGCAGCCGGCCCGAGCUGGGUGACCUGUGCUUCCGCGCCGGCGACGAGCGCGUCAACGAGCAGCCGGGCCUGACGGCGAUGCACACCCUCUGGCUGCGGCAGCACAACCUGCUCGCCAUGCGGCUGGCGCGCAUCAACCCGCACUGGGACGACGAGCGCAUCUACCAGGAGGCGCGCCGCAUCGUCAUCGGCCAGAUGCAGAUGAUCACCUACAACGAGUUCCUGCCCCUCGUCGUGGGCAAGGCGUUCCAUCGCGAGUUCGGCCUCGAGGUGCUGCCGUACGGCUACACCACCUACAACCGCCAGAUCGACCCGUCCAUGCUGAACGAGUUCGCCGGCGCCGCGUUCCGUUUCGGCCACACCAUCCUCAACGGGGACUUCAUGCAGAUCGACUCCAGGGGCCGCAUCGCCCGCAUAGCCCUCCAGGAACACUUCUUCCGGCCGUUCGAGUUCCGCGAUGGCCUGAUGGAGCGCGUCAUCCGGGGCCUGGCGCGCCAGAGCUCGCAGCGCUUCGACAACUUCAUCACGGACGACGUGACGAACCACCUGUACCGGCUGAACAACGAGUCGUUCGGCCUGGACCUCAUCUCGCUCAACAUCCAGCGAGGAAGGGACCACGGGAUACGCGGCUACACCGACUACCUCAAGGGUUGCUUCGGUCUGCGGGUCACCAAGUUCGAGCACCUGGACAGCGCCAUGCCCAGGCCGGUCCGGGAGCGGCUGCAGAGGCUCUACGCGCACGUCAACGACAUCGACCUGUUCACGGGCGGCGUGUCGGAGUACUCGCUUCCGGGUGGCGUGGUCGGCCCCACUUUCGGCUGCAUCCUGGGCAUCCAGUUCUGGCGGCUCAAGUACGGCGACCGCUUCUACUUCGAGCACGGAGGGCAGGCCGGCAGCUUCACGCCGGCCCAGCUGACUGAACUGCGGAGGACGACUCUGUCCAAGGUCAUCUGCGAUAACAGCAUAGGCCACGAGACAGCGCAACGGGAAGUACUCAGGACGGUGUCAGAAAGCAAUCCCGAGGUUCCGUGCGCCACCCUCCGGGGCCUGAACAUGGACGCCUGGAUUGAGGUGCCGCCCGGAGCCACGACGUAGCCGGGCCCGGGGCUGUUUGGGUGGCCGCCGCCGCUGGACGGCCCGUGUGCCUCCUAUCUCUCCUAGGAAGACCGCGCCCCCCCUCCCCACCCGUCGCUGGUGCCAUACCGCCUGCCGCCGCUACACAGUCACUUCUCGCCCGCUCAUAAGGACACUAAAGUGCGCGCGUCGCUCCCCGCGCACCACGUGACAUCGCGAUCACUCUGCGUCGCGCGACCCUUCCCGGGUCGGGCGACGACGACGGUUCGAAGGUGCGCGGGACCCACGUGACAGCGCUAUCUUUUUGGGAGGGAUGUGUCACGUGAUACACUGUGCGCCGUGCGUGUGUCUUGGUGUGUGCGUGUGUUUGUGUCUGUUCGUGAACGCUGCGCCGUUACGUGUUGGGCAAGCCUGUGCGCGUCACUGGAAGAGGAACUGCGUGCGUUGAGAAGACGGUGGUGUCGGUGAGGAAACGACACGUGACUUUAAUUUUUUUUUCUAAGUGCGCGGUUGAACUCUCGUAAUCGUCCCCCUCAGCAGCUCAUUUAAGGAUUCGAGACAUCUUCUUUUUUUUUCUUUCUUUUUCUUGGCUCAGUUCGGGGGCAUAGGUAUUAUUCGUCUAGAAGACAGUUUCUGUGCAGAAAAACAGAACUGCCGUGAUGUGUUGCGAAGAAGUGCCCAAGUGACUUUUGUAGCGAACUUGGGGAUGCCGUCACGAACUGCCCCGUUUAGUGCGGAAUACGCAAACAAGCCCACGGACGAUUUACCCCAUGCUGCGGCACGUGAAAACACUACAAGCCCUUGUGAUAAACGGGUGGAACUGUUAACGAAUACUGCGCGCAUUUCCGAGACAGCGACAUCUCCGUCACCGGACAACAACAAUGCCGGAGCUUGCCACUGUCACCACAAUUUGUGUUUCCGAAAGUACGCGUUUAUACACGUUCGGUGCUGAUAAUAGGGCUGGGAAGAAAAGAAAAAAAAAGCAGUCAGCCCCGAUCCUCUCUCAUGUGCGUGGGGCCAUUCGUGCAUGCAAAAACAAAUAAACUGGUCUGUGUGAAAUCCGCAUGCUCAAACAUAAUGAAAUGACGUUUCGCGAACGUCACUUCCGUAAUCGAGUUCGGCUUACGUCAUAACCACAGAACCGGCUAACUGUGAACUUCAGCAAGGUCAACGACAGCCAGUGUAGGAAUCAACAAACGUUCGUAUUUUCCUUACACUGCAAGCGUAGCUGCGGGCGAAUGAGGUAUCGAUGCGAUGUGAAUAAGCGUGAUGAUGUGAAGCUCGGCAGUAACUAUAGCUACGUCCUAAUCGUCGUUGUUACGAUGCAUCAAAAUAAGGCGCUUAGGAUGUGCCUAAUGCAUAGUUAGCGAGGUUGGACCAUAGUAGCGCGUUCAGUACGCAUAGGUUGCGGUAAAAACAUCGACGACGAGCCAUACAAUGAAGUCGCUAAAGUUAUCGUGCGACGGUUUGCAGGAAAACCACAGAUGUCACUCGUUUCAAGUAACGACAAUUAAGGUCAACAAACAAGCAUCCCUGCCCUUUGCUGUUUCCUUCCUCACCAUGUCACAUUAUCUUGAGUCACUGAAUAUGCGCUGCCGUCAUGGGCUGGUUUCUUAUUAUGACGGAUAAGACCACGUUCACGAGUGCAUCGGCGGAUUAGAAUGCAAAAGAAGUGCGCGGAGUUGACGAAGCCAGGCGCGCCCCUGACCGUGGCCCCCAAGAUCACAAAGGCACUCCGCCGUAGCGAUCUCGGAGGCUACGUCGUGACUAAUAAGCUUCCAGACCCUAAGACCACGCGGUCUCCACGUGGGGCCGUACAUUACUCUCACAGCGGUGACAUUUUGCCGACGCCGACAUCAAUAACGUCCACAAUGCGAGGAAGUUCUCGCGUCUGUCGCUGCUUGAAGAACGUGGCUCGCGACUUCGAACCUCUCACAUUUGCGUUCGCACGUACCCGUGGCCAUGGCAUUUAAGGCCUUUGCCACAGGUCUGACCAAGUAUUAAGGCAGCCUGAAGGAAUAAGCUACGUAGCCUGACAGGCUUUUAUGCAAAUAGUACGCACUUCAUUGUCAUAUUUUAGCGCGGCUGUUGACGGGCGCUCGAAACUGAAUGCGAUCCACAAGUCGUCGAGCCAGUUUCGAGUUCAAGCAACAACGAAAAAUUUUUGGUUCUCAGCGUUUGUUUUUGACUCCUCUCCCUCCCUUCCCACCCCCCUCCACACACACACACAGACACACGAUCUUUCUCUUUCUUACUUUUUUUUUUUUAGAGUUAAGCACACGUGGCUGCAAUCGCACACUGCCACUUCAUGAAUUCAGGGACGCCAUUUUGGUGUCGUUUCGCAGUCCAGGUGUUCAAGAUGGCGCCUAUAGUUCGGUUCGGUAUAUCGCGAAUUAUACUGAAAGUUCCGCGGUAUGCCCGGACGUGUCAAUACGCGGAUGACGGCAGUCAAGCUGGAAACAGCGCAAACAAGACGCCUCGUUAUCCCGCUCCUUGGACAUCAGUCGGGUCUGCGCAGGCUUCCACAGGAUUUUCCCUUUGUUCUCGUCAACGUUCCUCAGCGAUACUGCCAUUAAGCUUCGUGCUCAGCAACGAGCAGCCCUUUAUUAUUGCGUUUUAUUUUUUUUUUCAGUGGUGAGAAGGGCCAAAUAUGUGUGUGCGUGUUCUGUUCGAGUUUCAAUAAAAGAUGGAAA